AUGUUCAAACUGCACUCAAAAGCAUCUUCGGCCACCUCCUCUACGACCUCCUUUGGCUCCACGGGGCAAAGCAAUGGAUACAGCAACAACAAUGGGAACGCAUACAGCAACAGCAACGGUCAUUCCGGUCCCAAGGCCGGCAUUUUCUUGGUUGGGGCCACCUACCUCGACACCAUCAUGCACGUCAACACCUUCCCGACCGAGGACACCAAACAUAGAGCAGACCGAGUCGAGAAACGGCGAGGAGGCAAUGCAGCCAAUGCAGCUGAAGUACUGGGACAGGACUCGAGGACCAAAGUCUGGUACAUGAGUAGUCUGCCAUCACCGGCUGCCUCCAAGAUAUUGCUGAGGGCGCUGGAGGAGAACAACGUCAAGACCGAAGCAUGUGUCUUCCACUCAUCCCAACACGCGCCGCCCCAAGCCUACAUCAUCGCGGCCGGUAACACAGGAACACGCACCAUCAUUAGUCAUUCAACACUGCCCGACCUCACUCUGGACGAAUUUGUGAAAAAGUUUGAUGCGUCCUGCAUGCGGUUCUCAUCCGAUAUCGUACAGAUGGGCUGUCCAUUCCGCUGGAUCCAUUUCGAGGGACGGGGGGCAGAUGUGAGCAGGAUGAUUGAAUAUGUCGAAUCGGUCUAUAUCCGGCAGGGCUGGCGACACAAGCUGACCAUCUCGGUCGAGUUCGAAAAAGGAGAUCGUCCAGGAAUCCAGCGACUGUUGCAGCAGGCCGACGUCUGCUUCUUUUCCAAGCUGUAUGCCGAGACCCUAGGAUUCGACCGGCCAGAAGACUUUUUGUCAAGCGUAGGCGACUUUUGCAAACCAACGUAG